AUGUCGGGGGAACUUGGAGGUCUCUCCACAGAGUUGAAUCCAUGGUGGCCCACCUAUUACGUGGGGCAGCCAGCACUACAGGCCUACUGGGAGGGGCUCUUCCAUAAACACGGUCUCGAGGCGCACACGCAAUUCAACAUCAUUUACAAGAGUGCUGUCUGGGACGCGGAUUUGCAGCAGUACCGUAUCGUUUUGGAGGACGGCAUCACUGGCGCGAAGAUCGAGACUGAGGCUCAGGCCAUCGUCUUUGCGAUUGGCGGGUUUACGCGGGCCAUGUAUCCCCCUGAAAUAGAGGGUCGGGACGCGUUCAAGGGGACUAUCUGGCAUUCGGCGGAGUGGAACCACGAGUAUGAUCUCAAGGGCAAACGUGUCGGGGUGGUUGGCAACGGCUGCUCAGUGGCACAAUUUCUUCCCAAGAUUGCUGCAGAUCCCUCUGUCGAGGUCGUCAAUUUCUGCAGGACCCCUCAGUGGUAUAUCCCUCAGGCAAACUUUAGGUACCCCGGCUUGGUGAAAGCGCUAUUCGCCUAUGUGCCUGGCGUGAUGCGACUUUACAGGAACUUCCUUAUGGCGAGGGCGGAUACAGGAGCUUUGGCCUUUCGUAAGGAGAAUACUUUCGUGGUCAAGCAGGCCAGAAAGCGUUUUACCAAAUACCUCAAAUACAAGGUUCCUCAGGAUAUGAUCGAGAAGCUAACACCUUCAUAUCCUCCUGGAUGCAAACGCAUCAUCGUCGACCCAGGUUAUCUAGAUGCCGUCCAGCAGCCCAACGUAACCUUGAACUGGGAUGGUAUUGAUACAAUUGUCGAGGAAGGCAUCAAGACUAAGACUGGCGAAGUCAUUGAGCUGGACGCCAUCAUUUUCGGCACUGGAUAUGUGAUUGAAAUGGGAACCAUGAACUUGGUCGGCCGCGACGGUAGAACUCUAGAAGGAUAUUACGCAGACCGUGGCGGCCCUACUGCCUACCUUGGUACCUGCAUUCCCGGGUUUCCCAAUGCAUUCACCUUGCUAGGACCCAAUACGGCCACCGGGCAUGCUUCCGUGAUUUUUACUGAGGAAGCGCAGAUAAACUUAGCCGUGCAAUUGCUCAAGCCUGUUUUGGCAGGCAAGGCGAAGUCCUUCGAGGUAACCGACCAGGCCACAAACAAAUACGAUGACUGGUUGCAGCGCCGGCUUUCGACCUCUGUCUGGACGGACUGCCACUCGUACUACCACAAGAACCGCACGGAAACGAAGUCCAGGAUCGUCGCUACCUUUCCCGGACCAGUGUCCUAUUUCUGGUGGAUGUUACGGAAGCCUGUGUGGGGAGACUACAUCUCCGUCGGGGCUGAGCCAUGGUUCAAGAGUAUGCGAAGGAAGAAGUUAUUGAGAUUGGCUCUCUUUACUGCUCUGCUCGGACUCGCCGUCAGUCUCCGUCUCUUGCGCCCACAGUCUCUCCCACCGCGAGUUGCGGAUGUUUGGGUUCAGGUUCUGAAGUUAUUCUCCCAGUAA